CGUUAAUAUUUGUCGACGCAGGGCUCUGUCCAUAACAAAAAAAAGCCGCGUCGAAAAGAAAAAGUAGAUUUUAUAACAAAAUUUUGGAAAAAUAGCUUUAUUUUAUUAAAACUAAAAUAGGAAUUUAACAAAAAACUAUACAAAACUAAGAAAAAUGGCGCAACCUACCAAAGUAUUUGUUGGUAGUCUGCCACCAGGCACAAAACCAGAAGAACUAAGACGUUUAUUUGAGAAUUAUGGUAUCGUAGUGGAAUGUGAUGUCAUGAAUCGUUGUGGAUUUGUGCAUAUGAAAAACGCCGCAAUGGCAGAGAGUGCCAUUGUGGCUUUGAAUGCCAGUGAGUUUAAGGGCCAGUCCAUAGUAGUGGAACAUGGAAGAGCUAAAGAGAGAAAGCAAGGUGGUGGAGUAGGUGGUGGCCGAGGAGGCAAUCAAGGUGGUGGCAUGGGUCCUAGAGGAGGUAGAGGUGGUGGUGGCGGCGGCGGCCGUGGUAUUAUGGUUGGCUUCCCUGGCAAGCAAAAUUUUAAUCAAGCGGCCACUUUGCAAUUGGCCGGUGUCAUUAUGGAACUACUGGGUGAUCAACAAAACCAACUCGAUGAUAUUUCAGGUGGCAAUAACAAUAGUAACAAUAUGCAAAGAGGCGGUGGUGAGCCUGGUUUUCGCCGAGGCGGUGGAGGUGCAGGAGGCCAUCAAGGAGGUGGUCGUGGUGGUGGCAAUUUCCAGGGUGGCCACCGUGGAGGUAAUCAAAAUGUGAAUGGCGUAGGACCAAUGCGUAAUCAAGGCUAUAAAGGGGAUAGACCGGCACCUUACCCUCAAGGCAUGAAUAUGGGCGGUCCACCUAACAACCAACAACAAGGUGGAGGUCAUCAAGGUGGCAGAUUCAACAAUCAUUCAAAUAGAGGUGGUGGUGCCGGCGGUCCCCCUGGCAACUUUAACCACAAUCCUCGUGGCGGUAAUUUUGCUCCAAAACCUAAUGUCAAUAAUUACGGAGGUGAUGGAAAUAAUUCCUGGAAUAAUGAUCAACGUAGAGGUAUGCCACAACAAGGUGGUCAUGAUUUUGCUGAAGACAAUUUCUCAGGUGGUUUCAGUGGCAAUAUGGGUAAUUCUGGCGGUGGAAGUGGUAAUUUUGGUGGUCAACAAGACAGACGUGGUUUUACUUUGCCCUCAAAUCAAUUCCAACAGUAUGGAGGUAAUGGUGGUGGUGGUGGUAAUCAAUUUGGCGGUUAUGGUGGCAAUGAUGGUGGUGACUCAUUUAAUGAUGAUGCCAUCUUCCAGAGACGCAAUAAUAAUAAUCCCUCAAACGGUCCUAUUAUCAUUGAUUUCAAAAGUACUGGACAUGGACAAAGUAGCGGCGGCGGUGGUGGCAAUUUCAAUCGUGGUGGCAAUCAGGGAUGCCGUGGAGGAGGUAAUUUCCAAAACAAACGUGGUGGUCCCGGUGGCUUCCAACAAGGAGGUGGUUUUAAGCGUGGUGGACCAGGCGGCAAUAACAUGAAUAUGAACUCGGGCGAUAAUUACCAGCAAAACUUCCCUCCACUAGGAGGUGGUCCAGGUCAAGGUGGUUUUGGCCAAAAUCGCAAUCAAGGCGGUCAGGGUGGUCGUGGUGGAGGUGGUGGCGGUAUGAAUCGGCAACGUUUCUAGGGAUACAAAUCAUCGCAACUAAAUUAGAAAAAUUUUUAUACCUAUAAUAAGUAUAUGUUAAGUGCAUAACAAUUUUAGUUUAAUUACAUUACUUACUCACCCAUCAUUUGUAUUAUGUAUUAAAGUUAAUGAAAAAGACUGUCUUCCGCACUAUUUUGAAAGCUUUUUUAUUUUUGUUUACUACUACUAUUUAUAAGUUUUAUCCAAAUUUGACUUUUUUGAAAUAAAUCCAUUACGCAAAA